CUCGUGGCCGCUCGCAGGUGUAGAGGUCAAUCGCCCAUUAUCAUUCCAUGGAAGAAGUCUGCAAGUGAUAAAGAUCAUAUGGCAAUUUAUAUCGAUUCUGAUUUGCUAAAGGACGUGACGAGAUACAGUCGACAAGAACUUGAAGUAGCUUGUGAAGAUUUUAGCAACAUUAUCGGGUCGUCAUCGGAUAGCGUAGUCUACAAAGGAACCAUGAAAGGUGGGCCGGAAAUCGCAGUCAUAUCCCUUUGCAAUCAGGAAGAACACUGGACCGCUUAUCUCGAGCUCUAUUUUCAAAAAGAGGUGGCGGAUUUGGCGAGGCUAAAUCAUGAAAACAUCGGUAAAUUGAUGGGAUAUUGUGUCGAAGCUACUCCGUUAACAAGAAUGUUAGUCUUUGAUUAUGCUUCAAAUGGGACGUUAUCGGAGCACCUCCAUUGCGAAGAAGGGUGCCAACUAAGUUGGACACGAAGAAUGAUGAUCGUUAUAGGACUCGCGAAAGGUCUAAAGUAUCUUCACACGGAAAUCGAACCGCCAUUUACUAUAUCCGAGUUGAAUUCUAGCGCGAUUUAUCUCACGGAAGAUUUCUUGCCAAAGCUAGUUGAUUUCGAAAGCUGGAAAACCAUUCUUACGAGAUCGGGGAACAACUUUCGAUCAAUCGGCAGCGAAGGUGCCGCUAUGUGUGUUCAACCAAGCUCGUUAGAAGAACGUCAUUUGGAUGUCGAGGGUAACAUUUAUGCAUUCGGUGUACUUCUCUUGGAAAUCGUCAGUGGACGUCCUCCAGUUUGCAAAGACAAAGGAGUACUAGUAGAUUGGGCUAAAGAUUAUCUUGAAGAACCCGAGAAGAUGGCAUUGAUUGUAGAUCCGGCACUGAAGCAUUUCAGAGACGAAGAUCUUGAAGCGAUACGGGAAGUGGUCGCCAUUUGCAUUCAUUUACGGCCUCGAGAUAAAGUAAACAUGGAAGAACUGAGUAGGAUGUUGGAAAGCAAACUCGACACMACGGGGUCAUCAGAGCUCAAGGCGUCGUCGUUAGCAUGGGCUGAACUCGCGCUUUCGUCGUGACACGGAGUCG